AUGCUGGGCAAGCUCCCCCUUGGGGUGGUCUCCCCUUAUGUGAAGAUGAGUUCGGGCGGCUGCACAGACCCCUUGAAAUUCUAUGCCACCAGCUACUGCACAGCCUAUGGUCGACAGGACUUCAAGCCCCGCACAGGCUGUCACACUGGCACAGGCUACAUGUCAAAUUACCGGCCCAUGGUCCCCUACCAAACCAGUCAGGAUGCCUCAGGCAGCCUGGCCAUGGGGGAACAAGCCCGAGACAAUUUGCAGACAACGACUGGUCAGAGUUACCGGCCCCUGGAAGUCCCUGAUGGCCGGGCCCCACUGCCCUGGAGUGUACACCAGACAACCUCUGGGUAUGGGCAGGAGAGGCCCAGUAUGGGUCCCCUCUCCAAGGAGGUCAGGAAGGUACAUUUCGACACACAGGAGCAUGGCGCCCAGGCCAUCGUGGGACUGGAGCCCAAGGAGAAGCCACUACUGGUCCAGCAGCAGGACAAGAGCUCACUAGCACGGGAGAAUGCAUACUACGGCCCGCGCUUCAUGACUUCUGAAUACAACUCCAGUUAUCUCAAGGAACCUUCAAACCUGCCAGAUUUCUUGCAGAAGAAGACGAUCGGUGCCAAGGAGGAGACUGGCUUCACCAUGGAGUCCAACAAGAACCCCAUCGUCUUCCAGCCACCCUCCCAGGCCCUCCCUGGGGACCCUGUCGUCCUCCCAAGCCGGACCAGCACCAAGGCUGACUUUCUCCCCAUGAGUCUCCCUCGUGGAAAUGAGAGCCUCCCUGUGUUGGCCAGAGGCUCUGACCGGGAGACAGGCUACAGCCGCGUAGCUGAAAGGCAUCUGCACUCCAGGGUACCCCCUCUGGGCCCUGAAUCAAGCAGUCUGAGCCACUGGCAGUUCCAGCCACCCCAUCGGCUGCAGCAGAGUAACGUGACCAUGCUUGGCCGGGAGACUGUGGGCAACAAGGAGCUCAGUGGCUUCAGCCUCAACAACCCCAGCUAUGUCCGGAGCCCUUGUGACCCCGACAGGGACAAUCGGUACCUCACCACCUACAACCAAGGGUACUUUGAAAACAUCCCCAAGGGCAUAGACCGGGAAGGCUGGACUCGAGGUGGCAUCCAGCCCCAGCUGCCCGGAGGCUAUGCCAUCAACCACCCUGUCACCCGUAUGGAGCCCACCACCAAUCCCAUGGAGAACCUACAGCACCUGCAUCCCCAUGUGGAGAGAACCCUGGCUUCAACUGAUCCCUUUUACCGAGACUCGCCUUACAGUGGCUAUACAACACACAGCAGCCGCUACCUGGCACCCAGCCGAAACUGAUGCCUCGGUUUGCCAACCCCAUGAGGGGAAGGAACAGAAGCUGGCUACUGUCCCAACUCCACUCCCAACCACCCCUGGGGACCCUCAGCCACUUUCCUAAUGAAAUAAAGCAUGUCGAAGCAGC